CUUGGUUGUGGAGGGAGGCGGUGGCGGUGGACGAGGGUGACUGGCUUGCCUGUUGGGGGAGGAGGAGGAGGAGUCUCGUUGAAGCUUCGCGUCUCUCUCUCUCUCGUGUCUCUCUCUAGUCGAGUCGAGAGAGAGAGACAGGAAGGGGGCUAGAGACGAUCCGCCGUCCGCAUCUUUUUGUCCAUGAGACACGAGAAGUAAACCGCGACUCGUGCAAACAAUUCAUCAGCCGUGCGUGUGGUGGCUAUGUCACGCUGAGUCCGUCCCAAGAUGCGUCCCCUACCACCAACACCACCGUCCGCAUUCUCCCGAGUGCCACUUCGCAGUGGCCAUGAAGAUGCCAGAGCAGUUUGACCAGGCGAGCGUGCUGGGCCAGCUGCGCUUUUCUGGCGUGCUGGGCAUGGUGCAUCUGCGCCAGGCCGGCUUCCCAGCUCGAAGAGACGUCCACGAAUUUCACAACAGAUAUCGCGUGCUGAUGAGGAAGCUAGCGCUGCCGGAGGACACGAGGAGCCGCUGUGUCUCGUUCCUGCGCGUUUAUGACAGUUCGGAAACACAGUGGCAGCUUGGCAAGAGCAGGGUGUUUAUGCAUGAGGGUUUGGAGCGGGAUCUGGAGCGACAACGCAACGAGGAGCGGCACAGGGCGGCCACAGUCAUCCGUGCCCACGCGCUCGGCUACGCCACACGGAAGUGGUACAGGACGGUGCUGCAGAGUGUGCUGACCAUUCAGAGGAGCUACCGCACCCACCGUUGGCGGAGGCGCUACUUGCUGCUCACAGCCACCAGCGCCUUCCCAGGGACAAGCGCCAUCCCUCCCUGCUGCUUGACUCCAUGUGUCGCCUCCAUACCGGGCGUGGAGUUUGCGUGUCCGCCAAGCCCAGCCAGGCUGGAUUAUCCAGGCACAGCAGAGAUUACAACGCCAUCCGUCCUGACGGAUGAGAACAUUCCUAUUGAACUCAAUGACAACACCAAAACCUCUCACACAGGUACAGAGUCGCUCGCCAUUGAAGGCGUGGAGGAAGCCACGGUGUUAAGAAUGGAGGAAAGUCCUGUCCCAGAAGUAUUGACUACUGACCAUGAAUCCGUGUACUUGAGAAGUCAUAAAAACCACUUGGUGUUGCCUGCAAGAGAAAUGGCCACUGACACUUUUCAAACAGACAUUGGUGGGUCAGGGCAAUCUGAUGAGUUGGCAGAGUUUGGUAUCUUUAUUGGCUCUGCAAAUGACCUAAACCUGAAUGUGGUGCAGAAGGAUGAUACUGUGAUUACAAGGGUUUCUGACAGUUGUCAUGAGGAUGGUACCUUAGCUUUUCCAGAUAUGCUGCACAUGAAACAAGCUGAAGAGUUCCACUUGUUAGAGUUGCCUCUUGACAAGGAACCGAUGGCCCAGCCACUUACAGGCACAAUUUCGGAAGUGCAAUGUAAUCAAACAGGUUUAGAUGUUGACGUUACCAAAGCAUUUGAUGAACUUUUGCAGGUCAAUGUGGCACUGCCGCAUUGCACUGAAUGUUUUCCUGACAUUCAACCCAUCGCCACUGGAUCGCAGAACAUAUCCGAGACUUGCGGCGAGCAGGAGCAAUGCUCUGCUGGUGGGCAGACUGAAGUGGUCUCACCAUACAGUUCAGAGGAGCAUGGCCCCCCACUGCUGGGUGCAGAGGAGGCCAUGUGGCUUGACGCCGAGGCCACCAGGGCAGGCCACGAGUUUUUGGAGUCUCUGCGCUUUGACGACAUCCUCCACAGCAUUGAAGAGUCCCUUGAAGGAAACGUAGCACAGGCUGUGUGUCCACCUUUGCCUGUUCGACAGGGCAGCAAGUCCAUUUUCGCCACAGAAGUCACCGGAAAUGACCAGGGCUUGCAUCAGGAAAACGAGGGACCGCUGGAGAACGAGUAUGCUGAAAUCCCAGAGCUUGAGCUGACAACACCUGCCGCACGUGGAGCAUCCACCGCUGUUAAUGAAACUGGCAGAAAUGAGGAUGAGGACGAGGGUUUUGGAGCUGAGGAGGAGGUGCUGUACCGUGAUGCCGCCUUGCUGUCGAAGCCCACGGCUAUCAGAUUGGAUGUGGUCGAGCAGCUGAGCGAUCAACGAACGAGCGGCGCUCACACUUGUAGCGAGGUGGACUUUUCUUCUGAAGAGCAGCUUUACGCAAACGAAACGAUGGAUGUCGGCAUUGCCAAAGCGGCAGCGUCUCCAGCCUCCUCGCCCCGAGCCUGUGACGCUGCAGUUGUGCCCAGCGCCCCGUACUGGUAUGAGCUGGCAUCCGAACUAGAGUCCCAAACCCACGUGUACGAGAUGGUGCCACCACUGACCGCAGUGACCCCCGCCACAUGCAACCCCCUCGUCCAGUAUGCCAUGGUGGACAACAAGCGAGUGAGCGACUCUGGAUUCUUCAGCAAUCGCCCCGCCGACCCGGCAGACAAGAGCAGCGAAGCUUCCACCGAGCCGGGCUCCCCCCACACGAACCCGGACGAGGAGAACGUUUACUCUACGGUGGAGAACCACGAUACAGUGUUCACUUGCAGCACCACGUUUCAGGUGCCGCAGAGCAGUCGGCCGGUGACGCUGGACUGCACCUAUCGCUUCUCCUUCGGCUCUGGCACCAAGUCCGCCAGAGCCAGGGGAAGCUCCGAAGGAACGGCGAAGGGAAACGUUUCGGCUUUUGAGAGGGAAGGCAUUAAGGACGCCUUAAUCUCACCCAGUGUAACGGAUACCCAAAACAGGAGCUGCAAAGGGGAACUGUACCGUAACAGCAUGUGCACGGACCAGGAGAGCUUCAGAGAGGAUUUCUCCCGAAAUAACUCGGCCACAGGAUGGGGCAACCCAGGGGAACAGUUGUCAUCGUUUGAGAGUGAGGGGGAGUGCGUGGCGCGAGGCAGCGGCGUGUCGGACGAAGAGUCCACACUGCAGGACGAGUCUGUCUACAGCAGCAUCGGUGCCCCCUUCCACCAGGGUUUCCUCUCUCUCCAGGAGAGCCUGGCGGCUGCGUGGAAGCGGCGAUGGUGCGUGCUGAGCGAGGGCACCUUCACGUGGUUCCGCACGCGCCAGGAGGCCACGCUGUCCGGGUGGCUGGACAAGCAGGGACAGGGGCGGCCACCACUGCGCCUUGCUCGCCGCAGCUGGAAGCGCCGCUGGUUCGUGCUGCGGCCCUCCGGCCUGGCAUACUACGACAGUGAUCGUGAGGAGAGGCAGCGCGGUACCAUCGAUCUCGCGUCUGUGAGGGAGGUGUCUGGUGACGAGCACAGGGAGAACUGCUUCGACGUCAUAACGGAGGAUCGCACCUACCGCCUGCGCGCUCCAUCCCAAGAGGAUGCCAGUCGGUGGCUCGGCCUCCUGGAACGAGUGCGAGGCGCCACGGAAGAUCAACUCCAGAAAAUGUUCCAGGAGUCGUCUGACCCCAACUCAGCCCUGGGCUCGCUAGAGGCUGGCAUGCUCGAUGAGGCUUACGCAGAUGCAGACCAUCCUGACAGACCACACACGUUUGCGCUGGUGUCUGGCUCACGCACGCUCUUCUGUAAUGCGGACACUGCGGACGAUGUGCAGCGCUGGCUGAUGCUUCUGCAGCGAAGCAAAAGGGACGUUCCUGGCGAUGGCGGCAACAUCAUUCUGCGAGGCUGGUUGUACAAGGCCUCGGCCUCGGAUGCGAGUUCCCUCGUCCCCACGGGGAGGGGUCCCCAGGGGCCCCUGUGGGCCUCGUGUCCUCGGCUGCGGCGGCGCUGGUUCGUGCUCACGGCGGGCGCGCUCGAGUACUACCGUGGCAGCGAGGCGAACGCUCCGCGUGCCGGCUGCCUCGUGCUGACCCCGAUGUGCUCCGUCUCCCCGCUUGACGGCACCCAUCAGGGCCGCACCGGGAACUGGAGCUUCACGGUGUACGGGCGAAGGGACUCGUACACGCUGUAUAGCCGGCAGCAAGGAGAGGCGACCCGCUGGGCCCAUGCCAUCCAGAGGGCCAUUGACAGCAAGGGGUGCGCAGAUACGCCAACCUCACUGCUCAUCCAAGACAUCGCUGAGAGUGGUGACGACCCCGACCUGGUGGAUCGCACGUGCACGCGAAACCCGAUACUGCGCUACUCUCCCCGCGCACUGCUCUCCCCUCUCCUGCCGCUCCCCUAUGGUGACAACCACUCCAAUCCAUAUGGGUACAGCUCUCUCCCGGAGGAGGCCGUGCGUCUGUCGCUGUGUCUCCUGGAACUGGAGGGAGUGCGGGAUCCCACGCCCAUGGUCCAGGGCAUCCUGCAGACGUGCUGGGACCUGCUCCCUCUCCGGGAUGAACUCUACUGCCAAUUGGUCAAGCAGACAAUGACUUGGGAGGGGGUGGAUGGGCCCACAAUGGGUGCGUGGGAGGGCAAGGGGGACGGCAGCCUCAACCUCCGAGUAUGGCACCUCCUGGCGUGUACCAGCUGCACCUUCGCGCCCAGUCACGCUGUGCUGCGGUACCUCCACUUGCACCUGCGGCGAGCACUUGAGCGGAGCCGAGACCAGGAGCUCUGCCGGUACGUGGCCUUCACGUGGACUGCGCUGCAGUGCAAGCUGUGCCGGCAAAGCGUCCCCUCCCGCGACGAAAUCCGAGCCCUGGCCGAAGGCCAAGAGAUCAGCACCACCAUCUUCUGCCACGGAGGGGGCUCCUGCCCAAUCUCCAUCACCUCGCACGUCACUGCAGGCGAGGUGGUUGCUCGGCUGCUGCGAGGACUCAGGAUGGAGGGCAGCUGUAGCAAGUUUGCGCUGUUCGAAUGUGGCCCGGAUGGGGAGCGAGCCAUCGAGGAGAACGCCCUUCUCGUGGACAGUCUGGCCAGGUUUGAGAGGCUGGCAGCAACCAGGGAGGGUGUGGAUAAGAACCAGUGGAAAAUUUUCUUCAAGCUCUACCUUGUUUUGGACACUGCUGUGGCUCCGGAAGACAGCAUUGAAAUGGCAUUCAUGUUUGAGCAGGCCCAUGACAGCAUGGCCCGGGGACGAUUCCCAGUGAGUGGCGAGACCCUGCAGUGGAUGGCGGCGCUCAGGCUGCAGUUUGUUCACGGCAACUGCGCCGCCGUGGAGACCGAAGCGUCGAGUUGCGCCACCAACUCCCCGCUUGAGAUGCACCUGGAGGACUUCUACCCCACGGGCCAUUCACAGAUGCUCCUCUCCAGCUCCAUUAGCACCCUCGCUACCUCCACCUGCACGCCCACUACCCCAGCAUCACCAGUCACACCUGGCAGUGGGAGCCGGCCGUUCACAUUCUCCCAGGACAUGGUUCCAGCACCUCCCGACUCUACUACUAUACGGGUUGUGGAGAGGAGCACACGGGGUGAAGGGUUGCUUAGGAGAAGCUUGCGCGAGGCUGCCGGAUCCUUCUUGCGCUUGAGGAGGUCCCGUCGCGACCGGCAGGAGCGGGCAGAGGAUGAUGCCAGGGGGCAGCUGCUGACACUGCGAGCCGAAAUUCUGGCCAAGUGGCGACUCCUGCACGACACGGACCCUGAGCAGGCCGUUGCCAAGUACAUGCAGCUGGUGCAGCAGUGGUCGGGUUACGGUGCCACUCUCUUUGAUGUGCAGUGCACGGAUGGGCAGUUCCCGCGUGAGCUGUGGCUGGCCGUCAGCUUGAAGUCCUUGUCGGUGUACGUGCGCGGCCAGGCCGAGCCAAUUGUUUCCUUCCCGUACGAACGAAUUCUCUCCUUUGGGGCGGCGCCCCCAGCUGAUGAUGCACACCAGAGCCUGAUCUCCACCCCCCUCCUACCCACCUUCCAGCUAAUCAUUGAUGGACGAGAGAUUAUCUUCCAAACCACUGAGGUGGCAGAAAUCUCCAAGUUAAUGGAGGCUUAUAUCAAUGUCAUCAUGCGUAAAAGGGAAAGUGUGCACUCGAAGAGCCAACUCUGUAAAAGUUAACCUCGGGAACGCAUUGAGUAAUUUAAUUUCAUAAGGUGUAUUGAGGUUGCUUCGCCUAGCACCCACGUGUGGGUCUUUCAGGUGGCGAGCCCAUUGACACAAGUCUCUUUUUGCAAGGGAGAUCUGGGAUGCAAAUCAAAGAAUGUACAAAUAUGCUGCAGUAGAAUGAGUAAAACAAUCGUGCCAAAUAAGA